UCAGUGUGUGUUUGUUGUGUGCCCUAACCCACAGUGUGUUAGCCAGUAGUCAAGUGCUUGCGUUUAGUACUGUUUUUGUUCUUACUAGAUACACUAGUUCAUACGUGAGGACACUAGUGCUUGGAGUGACGUGAGUGUUCUUGCUACUGUCAUGCGGAGGGGUGAGGAGGCAAGCAUGUGUCAACACACAAACCACCGUCCACCACUAUAUUCACUAUAGUGAGUCUGUAUGACCAACCAAGCCCAGGCGACAGGUCUUGUGGGUGUGGCCUCGGCGUGGUCAUCGCGGCCUCUUAAAAAUGCCACGGACGGAGAUAACGUGAGGGUGUGUGGAGAGAGGGAGUAUAGUGAUAGUGAGGUGUCGGGUGGCUGUGACAGGCCUACGACGUGUCUCAGACGCGCCGUCCGAAGCGGCAGCGACUCUGGCAUGACCUCAGAGAGUGAGGAUAACUCAUCCUUCUGUAGGAGGAGGUCGCUCGCCUCAAUCUUUAGUUCUCUAGGGAAGGGUGGAAAGCAGAAGACAGUGACGUCACCCAACAGGCCUCGCCGGAAAGUGUGUGAUAAAACGAAGAGUCAGUUUUAUGUCGACCUCCCUAGUGAUACUACGCUCUCCGACAUCCACACGAAUAGCAACCACGCCCACUACACCCACACACAACUCUCAACUUCAGAGGGUGGGCGUGAGAGAGAGUGGCAGCCACAGGCGAGACAGAGCAAGAGCCUGCACCGGGAGUGGCGUGUGAGAGGCACUUAUCAGGAGGUCCAACCCACAACUUCAGGACUUCACACAGAACAUCAGGUGAAGCCCAAACCAACGGGAUGGAGAAGUAAGACUCAGCUGGGAGUAUUAGUCACAGCCGAGGAGUCACUGCGGGAGUCGCCAGUGUACAGACAGAGAGCCUUCUUAGCCCAGCACGACAACAGCAGACACGACGACACAGAUUCCACCAUGGGCCUCGGAUUCUCUAGUAACAAGGGUCUCCAUGAAGCGACCGGUCACGAUGAGGCACAGACAGACCUAAACACUCACACAGUAGCUGCCAACGUCACACAACACUACGUCAGUGUACUGGCAGAACUGACACAAAAAUAUACCUCACUCCUCUCCGCCCCUAGGUUUUCCUGUGACGCCCACAUACGCCACUCACAGCCUAUCCACACAGAUGACAGAGAGGCAACAAGAAAAGAGUGUGUGCUUGAGGAUGACCAGUAUGGGAACCCAGGCCAACAGCAGGCGUGGAGUGCGACAUGGAGAAGUAGUGUGUUAGGGAAGACGGUAGACGGUGUGGAGUAUGGUAUCCCAGUGGAAUAUGGCGUCCCAGUAGAGCAUGAUAUUCCUAUAGAGCAUAGUGCCCUUUUAAAACUUAGUGUCCCUGUGGAGUAUGGUGACUGGUUGCUUAUCUCCCCUCCUGACACACCACACAAAAAUUUUGAUGGCUCUGAAGACAUUAAUGUUAAGUUUUGUGAGCAAGGACUGGAAAACGAUGGUCUGACUAGUGUUGAGACGCGAGUGUAUAGUGAACGGACGUAUAGUGACCAGUGUAAAGGUGAUAGUGAACUGACGCCUGAUCAGUGCAGUGGUGAUAAUGAACGAACUCGUGGAGAUGAGAGGCGCGAUAGUGAAAGUGAUGAUGCUCGAGGAGUGAAGCAUAGUGAGGCUGAGAGGGAAGCCAAAGUGGGGCCAGAGGUGCUCAGUGAACACUCAGCUUCACAGUUGCUUCCCUCAGCCGUCAGGGAGGUGUUGUAUGAGGCGUGUGAGAGAGUCUCCGAGGAGGGUAGUGUGGGAGGGGACGUGCUGUGCCCUGGUGGUGGUGUGAGGGAGGGCGAGGGUGGACGUAGUGACCUUGAUACUUGCCCCUCGCCUGGGGGUGAUGUGACGCAUGUCUCUACUAACCUACUCACUGCCAGCCCUGACUUGACUCCUACGGCCAGCCCAGACCUAACCUCUCAAGAUAAGCGUGACAGAAAGAUUUUCCUCAUUGCUCAAGAAGUCAUGACUUCCGAGAGAGUGUUUGUUGAUGUUCUCAAACUGCUGAAUGUUGAUUUUCGCCAAUUUGUGUGUGAGUGGCAGGAGGUGGGAUGUUCCCACCACCCGCCACUCCCUCUUGAAGACCUCAACAAAAUACUCAACUACCUGCCACAAUUACAGAAUCUGAAUGAGGAGAUUCUGGCGGACUUGGAAGCGCGCAUCGCAGACUGGGAAACACAUAAGAAGAUAUCUGACGUGAUCGUACGCAAGGGCCCCUUCCUCAAGCUGUACUCGGCCUACAUUAAGGAAUUUGAGAACCAGUGUGAACAUAUCGACUAUUGUUGUGACGCCUACCCCGCCUUCGGGAGAGCCCUCAAGCGAUUUGAGGCGUCGAAGCGAUGCAACAAGCUGCAAAUUAAACACUACAUGCUCAAGCCCGUGCAGAGGAUCCCUCAGUAUCGCCUGCUCUUCGAGGAGUACCUUAAGUGUCUGUCAGAGAGCAGCCCCGAUUAUGUUGACACCCAGACAGCGCUGGCGGUGGUGGCUAAUGUGGCCGCCCAUGCCAACGCCACAAUGAAGCAGGGGAACAACUUUAUGAAGCUGCUGGCACUGCAGGACCGUCUGAGUAGCAGCAGCAGUGGAGACCAUGAUAGCAGCAGUAGCAGAGGUCCACGGUGUGAGUUGGUGCGUCCUGGUAGAUACUUACUCAAGGAGGGAGAACUUCUUAAACUCUGCCGCAGGGAGAUGCAACCCAGGUAUUUCAUCCUGUUAUCAGAUGUUCUCCUGUAUACGAGCUUUGUCACCAGUGGCCCAGGUGGAGCACUCCGACUCAACUACGAACUUACCUUGGAAGGAAUGAAAGUAGAGACACCAAAAGCUGAGGAAUUUAAGAAUGAGUUUAGUGUCAUAUCAACCUCACGUUCCUUUACCCUUCAAGCAAGCACGGCAGAAGAACGAGAUGAAUGGAUAGUGGCACUACGUGAAGCAAUAGAGGAUAAUGCCUCGCGCAGAUCUACCUUCUUGCAGGCCAAGACAUUUGUCUAUCGGCAACCGUCUACCUCUACACUUGGAAAACAGGCUCCUGUAUGGAUUCCCGACUACAGAGUAACAAUGUGUCAGCAGUGCACAGCAGAAUUCACUCUCACUUUCCGCAGACAUCACUGUCGUGCUUGUGGCAAGGUAGUAUGCGAUCACUGUUCGGCCAACCGUGCUCCUUUACAGUAUAAAAAGAACCAGACAGCGCGAGUCUGUGAUACCUGUUUUGAAAUCCUUCAGAAAGAUUUUGAGCACAGAUAUGAAGGCUCAGCAGUUCAGGAGGACCAGCAGGGAGACAAAAUAAGACGAGUGUCCAGCCUCAAGGCUCAAUUCAAGAAGGGGAUCCGGGAAAGCAGUAGAAAUCGCAUCAAGAAGAGAGUUCCUGAGAGAUUGAUGGAGGUAUGUGCUAGUGAUGCUUCCUCUCAGAUGUGCGGUUAUCUCAGGAUGAUGGUCAGAAGAUCGUGGCACAGAGGAUGGUUCGUGCUCAAAGACCGAGUGUUGUACGAGUACCGAGCACCACAGGAUGUGUGCGCUCUGCAGAGUCUGCCUGUACUCGGUUACAUCGUUGAAGCCAUGCAAAAGGUGAGGGAGGAGGCAGAUGGUGUGGAUGCUUGUUUGACCUUCCAGUUGACCCACACCAACCAACCACCUCUUGUCUUCCAUGCUGAUACUCCACAUCUGGCAAAGAAGUGGAUACAAGCCAUGAAGGAAGCUGUUGUUCUCACCUGACAUGGUGUGAGCUGAGCUACUGUAAUAUAACCUUUCCUGUGCUCUCUGGAAGAGGCAAACCUCACAUUCAACAUUCAUGAUCUGAACCAUCUGCUCAGGUUAUGGUGAACUGUAGCUGCUGCUAGGCAUGAUUUUCCACAAUAUGGUACGCCUCAGGGUGUGGUGAAUUGUAGCUGCUGCUGGACAUGAUUUUCCACAAUAUGGUACAUCUCAGGGUGUGGUGAACUGUAGCUGCUGCUGGACGUAGGGUUGAUAUGUACCUGAGUGUGCUGCUCUUUAUACAUAUUGAGGGUACAGGAUUACCAAUAAUUCUUAUCAGAUGAUCACCAAAUGUCAGCUUAAUUUUUAUAUUAAAUGCUGAAGUGAAAUUGGGGAUCACAUUAUUGUGCUGGAAAGCAUUCAAGUUUGUUGGUUAAUGUAAACGUGUGUUCAAUUUACAUUGAGUUAGUCGAUUAAACUUGAGUGACUUCAUAUAAUUCAUCAAUGGCUCGACUUUUAAAUCCUAUCACUCUGCAUGUAAUUUUUUCUGUUAAGGAAGUGGAGCAUAGUGUUUUUAUUAAUACACAAGCAACUGUCUUUGUUAAUAUAGCAAAUUGAAUAACCAGUAUGAUCACGAAAGAUUUAUGUAAAUAAUUGCUGCUUGCAGCCUCUGUUAGUUUGAUUUAAACCCAGUUAUCCAAACACUUACAUGAAGCCAUUUUAAGCUGUGCACCAGAUUUUUUGGUAUUCUUAUAAAUAACUUGUGCUCAUAGUUGGACCAGUGAAUUGGCUGGAGAAGCAGAUUAAUAUUAUUAUUAUUAUUAUUAUGAUGAUGGAGCAGAGUUUCUCAAACUAAAUCAGGUUCUUGAGUGCAGCAGCCAAGUACUGUAUAUCUUCUAUGUCUUUCUGAGUCUGUGAUGCGCAUUCUUUUAACACCGCAUUAUUAUUGAGAUUACAAAAAUAUAUAAAUAAAUAUAUAUAUAAGUAUGAAAUAUAUAUAUAUAAAUAUAUAAAUUAUACGUAUAUAAUUUUUACAUUGGUCAGUACAUUGUGCAUAUUUUUCUAGGACUGACCUCUUGGAAUGUUUGAAAUAAGAUAAGCCAGGAACAUAUAACUGUCCCCAUCCCUUAAGUUGGGAUUGUUUAGUUCAACCAUUCUGAUCCCUCAUGUAGUGUGUUUUCUUCCCUUGACACUUGUUCCCAGUUUAUACAUAUCCUGCACUGUGCCAACUUGUACAGUGAAGCAACCACUCUUAUUAAUAUUGCUACAUUGAUGUUAAGAGCUAAACCUGUUUGAUAGCAAACUUUACCUACUACCAAAUAUUACGCAAGUUUGCCCUUGGAGGUCUUUUAUUUGUAUAAAGUCGUAACACUAUUUUUACCUUCCUAAGGUUCCAAUGUACACAGUAAUCUACUGUAUGUCACCUAUUCUGAGUUGAACUGUAGUAUCUGCUUGCCUUGGAGUGAAUGAUGGUGAAAGUGUUUCUUUUUCAGGUCACCCAACCUCAGUGGGAGACAGCCACUGUGUUAGGAAAAAAAAUUUAUAAUUUAAUUUUUUUUUUUUAACACAUUGGCCAUCUACUGAGGUAGGGUGACUGAAAAAGAAGAAAUAUUUUUAUCAUCAUUCACCCUCAUUAUCUUGCCAGAGGUGCACUGAUACUAUAGUUCAGAUGCCCCUCCAUACUGCAAAUAUCUCCACUGUACAUGAAACUGAACUUAAUGUUGUAGUUACAAAAUAUCUAAAAUUAUUUAUAUCUUCUAGAUUAUGAUAUUUAUUGUGCUUUAAAAGAGUAUUAGUGUUGGAAUGGCCACAUGGAGCGUACGUUGCCUUCCCAUUGGUUAGACACUAAACAAUCCAAACUCUGACACCAGUCUGUUUUACUUUUUUCAUACUUUUGCUACUAUUGUAAAAUGUAUAUCUGAAAUUUUUAUGAUGAAUACUUUAGAAUGAAGUAUAUUUUAUGGUGUUUAUUCAAUCUAGAAACUAAGGAGAAUGGUAGCUCAUGUCCAUACUCUAGAUUUAGUGUAGGUGACUCCCAAGUUUGGAAAAUAUCAGCAUUCAGCCUACCAUCACAAUCACAUGCGACCAAAGUGCAAAAGGCAUUCAGUCUUGGGGUCAUUCUGUGUAACAAAUCAUCCUGUCUGUGUUGUUUUGUCUAGUCAUGUACACCAUUGUGUCCAAAACUUGAACCAACAAGAAGUAUUUCUGUA